GGGUGGGGUGCCCUUUACGACAUUUUAUGGUAACGGAAACUCCCAAUGCCUGGCCCCCGAAACGUCGACUCAGCGUGACUCAACUCCCAAUCCUGGAAGCAACGAUCGUAAACUGCAAGCCUGGAAUGUAAGGCGAGGGAUUAUUAUCAUCGUACAACUUUCAUCGCACCGGGCGAGGCGAGGCCAACAAUCCCAGGUGUAUAAAUACCUCGACUCGCUCCCACGCGCGGGGUCUUGGGCGAGGGGACAGACCUGCAGGGCUUGCAGUAGCAGCGGCGUCUACUCAAGGUUUCUAUCUCUCUCGGCGAUCCUCGCAACGCACCUGGAACAGCUUCCUCGGCCGGGUCUCACACAUCGACAAGUCAUGACAGAGAGGAGGAGGAGGAGAAGCCCCACGAGUCGCCACCUCGCGCCGUGGCUCCUGCUGGCGCUGUGCGCGGUGCUGUGCGGCGCCACCACCGCCGCCGAAGUUGGAGAGACGGCGAAUCCCUGCUGUUCCUUCCCGUGCCGGAACAAGGGCGUCUGCACGGAGUACGAGCACGGACGCUACGAUUGCGACUGCACCUACACGGGAUACCACGGAAAAAACUGCACCAUACCGGAGCUGCGCACGGCCAUCGUAAGGCUGCUGAAGCCGAGCCCAGACACGGUGCACUGGAUCCUAACCAACUUCCCCGCCGUCUGGGACGUCGUCAACAGCAUCUCCUUCCUGCGUGACGCCAUCAUGCGCUACGUCCUUGUGUCGCGCUCGGACCUGAUCGACAGCCCACCGACCUACAACUCGGUGUACGGAUACAAGUCGUGGGAGGCGUACUCCAACCUGUCGUACUUCACACGGAUCCUGCCGCCCGUGCCGCGGGACUGCCCCACGCCCAUGGGCAUCGCAGGCAAGCCCCAGCUGCCCGGCGCCAAGCUCGUGGCCGAGCGGCUGCUGCUUCGCCGGCAGUUCAAGGCCAACCCGCACGGCUCCAACCUCAUGUUCGCCUUCUUCGCACAGCACUUCACUCACCAGUUCUUCAACACGGACCCCGUGCGGGGCCCCGCCUUCACGCGCGCGCUGGGCCAUGGGGUCGACCUGAACCACAUCUACGGAGGAACGCUGGAGAGACAACACCAGCUGCGGCUCUUCAAAGAAGGGAAAUUAAAAUUCCAGCUGAUCGACGGAGAGGCGUACCCUCCGCUGGUGCGCGACGCGCCGGUGCACAUGGUGUACCCGGAGCACGUGCCGGCGUCGCUGCGCUUCGCCGUGGGCCACGAGGUGUACGGCCUGCUGCCGGGCCUCCUCGUCUACGCCACGGUGUGGCUGCGCGAGCACAACCGCGUGUGUGAUGUCCUGCGCGCUCAGCACCCGCGCUGGGACGACGAGCGGCUCUUCCAGACGGCGCGCCUCAUCCUCACCGGCGAGACGAUAAAGAUCGUGAUCGAGGAAUACGUGCAGCACCUCAGCGGCUACAACUUCCACCUCAAGUUCGACCCCACGUUGCUGUUUGGCGUCAACUUCCAGUACAGCAACCGCAUGUCGCUCGAGUUCAACCACCUCUACCACUGGCACCCGCUCAUGCCGGACUCGCUGCACAUCGACGGGCGCAACUACAGCUACAACGAGUUCCUCUUCAACCCCGGGCUGCUCGCCGAGAAGAAGCUCAUGCCGCUUGUGCGGAAUUUCAUGCGCCAGCGAGCCGGCACGGUGUCGGGCGGUCGAAACGUCAACAAGAACCUCCUGCACGUGGCGAUGAGCAUCAUCGAGCACGGGCGCACGCUGGGCCUGCAGUCGCUCAACCAGUACCGCCACCGCUUCAACAUGCGGCCCUUCACCUCCUUCCUGGAGCUCGCAGGCGACGAGGAGAUGGCAGCCGAGAUGGAGGAACUGUACGGCGACGUGGACGCCGUGGAGUUCUACGUGGGCCUCCUGGCCGAGAAGUCGCGCCAGGGCUCCAUGUUCGGCGAGAGCAUGGUGGAGAUUGGGGCGCCGUUCUCGCUCAAGGGUCUCAUGAGCAACCCCGUGUGCUCGCCGCUCUACUGGAAGCCGAGCACCUUCGGCGGCGACGUGGGCUUCGACAUCGUGAACACGGCGUCGCUGCGCAAGCUCGUGUGCCAGAACGUCGUGGGGCCGUGCCCCCGCAUCUCGUUCGCCGUGCCCGAGGCCGAAGCGGGGCACCUGUGCGGCGAGGGGGUUCACUGUGAGCUGUGAUGAGCGAGUGUGUGUCGUGUCGUGUGUGUGUCGUGCGUCAUGUGUGUGUCAUGUGUGUAAUGUGUCAGGCGGGUCGAGGUUAGAGCAUGGAGCUACAAACCCGGUGGCGCAAGUUCAAAUUAUAUCAUAACUGAUCCCGGUCCUCCCCUAGGUUGACUCAGCCUUAAAUGAGUACCUGGUGCUCAAAGGCGGCCAAAGAUGGUGCUGGCCCCACCACCCCUUUGUGUGUUCUACUGAGGUCUCAUCGACUCGCAUAGACACUCACUCACAGACCUAGAUAGAGAGCCACAGACUUGCACAGACCCAUACACCCGCAUAGAGACCCACACGCUCGCGGUGGAGACCCACACUCAGAAAUGGCCUCGUGAUAGCCCAAUACUGGUGCAGCAAAAUCAUCAUCACCCAUUGGCUUUGUGUUCCAAUUCACAAAGCUGCGCAUACCACACACUACGCGUACCACACGCAUCGUCAUCCAGCUUCGAGGAUAUUAACUGCACCCUCCCGGCUUGUCCCUUCCAACCAGCACUGGCCCAGUGUCAUUACAGCACUGUUAUGAAUUCUGAAGGAGGGGGGGGGGGGUUCUCGAGACCUUUGUUUGUUGAACUUGGACGGUGUACGCCGACCGUGGGAAUCUGCUGGAGAAAACUGGAAUGCCCUUGCCAUGCCACAUCGUGUUGCUCGAUUCGCCGAACGUCCCUCCAGCGUUCAGGUUUCGUAGCCCGAGGGCCUUAAAUUAUUUAUCCGACGGCGGUUACGCAAUGCGCAGGGAGCUGGCCAACGGCCGACUGCGCGUCGUGUCGCGCGCGCGAGCUGUGAAUGCGACGACGCGACGAGAGCGCGGUAAUAACUUAUUGGCGCCGCGUGUUCGUAGACGAUUAUUUAAGCGUUUCUGUCAUCGUACAUCGCCAAGAGCUGCGGGUGCAGCUCGCUGUAGUGGCGACUCACCCCUGUUAUUAAUCGGUGACCUGCCCCAAGCAGUCCACCGCUCUGCGGAUUCGGUGAACAUCCGGCAAGACUCGAGGUCACGAACCACGCCGGGCGGAUUCUCUCUUCCCUCGAACUGCCGCGCGGAAGGCAGCUCGUUUGCGGCGGUGAUUGGUCGCCGCCCGCGAGAUGCACUGGGUGACGGACGCACGCGCGUGAGCGAGCGUCCUGACGGACGGACAAACGGACGGAAGGACAGACAACUGGCCAAAGAGGUGGGGAGUGAUGGACAGAUGGAUGGACGGAGAGACGGUGGGCCAGAUAGGACAGACAUAGACACAGAUGGACAAAGAGAUGCUGCCUCUUUCAUAGGGUGAUAUAAUAAUAAUGAUGAUGAGGGCAUUAUGCAUGGACGAGCUGGAUUUUAAAUCGAAACACGUGGGGGGAGGGGG